GUGGUGCAAGUUGGCCAGUGUGGGAAUCAGAUCGGCUGCUGUUUCUGGGACCUGGCGCUGCGGGAACAUGCCACCGUCAACAAGGAGUCAUCAGGUUUCGGAGGCAGAGCGAGAGGAAUGGGCUUGAGGGUGAGGUGGAGGGAGGAAAAUGAAGCAACUACCCUGGGGCUUGCUUCCACGAAGGACACUGCUUCAGCCAACAAGAUCGAAUCAGUCACAGGGCCGCUUCAGAUCUCAGUGAUGAAUUGAAUGGGAUUUAUGAUGAGUCAUUAAGCAGCUUCUUUAGAAAUGUGGAUGCCAGAGUUGGUGGUGGUGACGCGGAUAUUUCCAAAGGGAAAAUUUGUUCGCUAAAAGCCAGAGCAGUCUUGAUUGACAUGGAAGAAGGUGUAGUGAAUGAAAUCCUGCAGGGCCCGCUGAGAGAUGUGUUUGAUAGUAAGCAGCUCAUCACAGAUGUUUCCGGUUCAGGGAAUAAUUGGGCUGUGGGGCACAAAGUUUUUGGCUGCCAGUAUCGGGAACGCAUUAUGGAAAAGCUUAGAAAGACAGCAGAGCACUGUGAUUGUUUGCAGUGUUUCUUUGUCAUUCAUUCCAUGGGUGGAGGCACGGGAUCUGGCCUUGGCACAUUUGUUUUAAAUGUGCUUGAAGAAGAAUUCCCAGAAGUAUACAGAUUGGUUACUUCAGUCUAUCCAUCCGGGGAAGAUGAUGUCAUUACUUCACCGUACAACAGUGUCUUGGCAAUGAAGGAACUGAAUGAGCAUGCUGACUGUGUGCUUCCCAUCGAAAAUGCAUCUCUAUUUGACAUCGUCAGCAAAAUCAAUCAGAUUCAGUCUGGAAUGCCAGGAACAACUGUGAAGCAAAGAAGUUUGAUAACUUCAAGUGAAGGAGGUAUCAAAAAGCAUCAGGAGAAACCAUUUGAUACGAUGAACAACAUCGUGGCAAAUUUACUGCUCAAUUUGACAAGCUCUGCCAGGUUUGAAGGCUCCCUUAACAUGGAUCUUAAUGAAAUCAGCAUGAAUUUGGUUCCCUUUCCUCAACUUCAUUAUCUUGUUUCAAGCCUCACUCCUUUAUACACACUUGCAGAUGUCAAUGUUCCUCCUCGAAGGUUGGAUCAGAUGUUUUCAGAUGCCUUUAGCAAAGAUCACCAACUAAUUCGAGCUGACCCAAAACACAAUCUCUACCUUGCUUGUGCUCUUAUGGUUCGAGGAAAUGUCCAUGUUUCAGAUCUUCGCAGGAACAUUGAAAGGUUGAAACCUUCUCUCCAGUUUGUUUCCUGGAAUCAAGAAGGCUGGAAAACCAGCCUAUGUUCAAUACCUCCUGUUGGCCAUUCUCACUCACUAUUGGCAUUAGCCAACAACACCUGUGUAAAGCCUACAUUCAUGGAACUCAGAGAGAGGUUUUUAAGACUCUUCAAGAAAAAGGCUCACCUUCAUCACUACCUCCAGGUUGAAGGGAUGGAGGAAAGCUGUUUCACAGAAGCCAUUUUGUCAUUGACGUCUCUCAUUGAGGAGUAUAACCAACUAGAUGCCACUAAAGGUACUCCUAUGCAAGAACCACCUAGACUGACCAUAGCUAUGUAAGGGAAAAAACCUAUUUGCAAUCACCCCUGCAAUGAUGUGAAACUUUGGUUCAACUCGAUGGUCCUUAAAGUUGUGGUUUUGGUACUAGAGAAUUCACCUAAAGCCUUCAAAUCUCAGUGCCUUAUGUCUAGAAAGCGGAUUGAGAUUUUCACUUUGGUCCCGUUCAUCGAAGGUGCUGGACUGAAAUAUCUGAAGCCACUAGACUUGUGAUUGUGGUUGGGGAAGACUGUCCGUUUUUAAGGUGAGUUAGCACUUGGGAGUCAAUCUUUAACUCGUUGUGAUUUCUGCACUAAUAAUCUCGUAUUUAAUAAAGUCUGGGGCAGGCCUCAUCCUCUAUGUGCAGUACUUGAUUGUAUUUUGCAGUACUAUCUAACCAGCUGGUGAUUCCCGAUAAAGCUAUUCAAAGAUGAGAAUGUUUACUAUAAAAUGUUUAUAUUUUUGUGUAGUUGAAUAUUCAACUCCUUGGCUUCAUAUUUCACUCAUUAAAAAGUAUUACUCACUUUCCAUUUACAUUUAAAUCUGCUUUUAUUAUCAAACUGAAUUAUUGAAGAAUAUUAAAUAUUACAUUAUGAACUUUUAUUAGAUAU